ACGUAUAUAAGUAUAUAAAUAAUUUUAAAAUACUUAUAAACAUAUUAAUAAGUUUGUGAAUUUUAAUAAGUGUAGACUCAUGGACUAAGAAUGAUAAAAUUUGUUUUAAGUAUUUUUAUAAUAACGUCAUAUUUAAAUUUUUAUUCGGCACAACACAACAAUGGAUAUUUUACUCAGCUUGGACAAUUAGGUACCGCAAUAGAAUACAGUGUUGCACCUAUAAUUGAUAUCGUUACUAAACCUCUUUGUAGUGGGUCUAGAUCGAAUUUACAAAAUACUGCAAAAAUUAAUGGAUAUCAUAAAAAUGUUAUUUCAAGUGGAAAUCAAAAUUAUAAUACAAAUCGGUACAAUCAAGGUAAUCCAAUACAAAAUAAGCAGAUUCAAAAUAUCCGAGGUCAAAAUGUCGGUAAAAAAGUUCCAAAUGGACAAGCAGGGUCUAGACAAAAUCCAAUUUAUGGUGUAGGCCAAAAUCGCAAUUCUAAAACAUACCAAAACCAAAAUGGAAUUAGCGGUAGACAAACUCAAAAUGGACAAACGUGGCAUAGGCAGAACCAAAAUUCUAGUACAGGACAAAUCCAAAAUUAUAGAACUGGUCAAAAUCAAAAUAAUGAAGUUAACGGCACACAAAUUCCAAUCGAACAAAUAUGGUCCAAUCAAAAUCAAAGUACUGAAUUUAUUGCUAAACAAAUUCCAAAUAGGCAAACAAAGCAGAGUCAAAAUUCAAAUAUAAACCACAGUAAAGUAACUGUUGAACAAAUAACAAAUCAACAAACACAACGUCAAAAUCAAAAUACUGCAAUUAACAGGAGACAAUUUUCAAACGGACAAACAUUGCAUGUCGAGCCAAGUCAAAAUUCUGGUUUGGGCCAAAAUUCAAAUUAUAAAACAGCUCAUAAUCAAAAUAAUGGAGUUAACACUAGACAAAUUUCAAAUAUACAAAUCACUGGACAAACAUGGUAUAAGCAGAAUCAAAAUUAUGCUACAGGACAAAAUCAAAAUUCUAGAACAGACCCAAAUAGAAAUACAGCUGAACAAGUUCUAACUGGACAACCAUUUCAUAAGCAAAAUCAAAAUUCUGGCAUAAACCAAAGUCAAAAUUCUAGACCAGUCCAAAAACAAAAUACAGGAAAUAAUGCUGGACAAGUUCUAACUGAACACAUAUUUUAUAAGGAAAAUCAAAAUUCUGACAUAAACCAAAGUCAAAAUUCUAGACCAGUUCAAAAACAAAAUACAGGAAAUAAUGCUGGACAAGUUCUAACUGGACAUAAAUUUCAUAAACAGAAUCAAAAUUAUGCUUCAGGACAAAAUCAAAAUUUUAGAACAUAUCAAAAUCGAAAUACAGGAAAUACUGCUGAAAAAGUUCUAACUGGACAACCAUUUCAUAAGCAAAAUCAAAAUUCAGGAAUAAACCAAAGUCAAAUUUUCAGAUCAAGCCAAAAUCAAAAUGCAGGAAAUUCUGCUGGACAAGCAUGGCAGGAUCAGAAUCAAAAUUCUAAAACAGAUUUAAAUCAAAAUACAAAAAUUGUGUCAAGUACGGAGGACAAUAUUGAGCCUUAUGUAGUUUUAGGCAGCCAAAGCACAUCAGCCCAACUUUCAUACAAUUUUUCGAAAUAUCCAAAUCCUUACUAUAUGCAGCAGAAUCAAAAUACUAAAUCGGACCACAGUCAAAACAAUGAAAUAGCGACUGGACAAACAAAUCAAAAUUGUGAUCACAAUUCUGGUAUUGGCCAAAAUCAAAGUAAAGGUUUUACAACUGGACAAGUGCCAAAUGGACAAACAUGGCAACAUCAAAAUCGAAAUUCUGAAACAGAAAAUAAAAAUAUAAGAAUUGAAUCAAAUGGAAAUGAUAAUAUUGAACCUACUGCUAUUCUUGGGAAGCAAAGUACAUCAGUCCACCUUCCGUAUGAUCAUAAAAAAUACCCAAAUUAUUUCUCUCAACAGAAUCAGCUAAAUGAACAACUUGAUAAUGAGAACAAACAAGGUGAUAAUAUUGUUGUGACCAACAAUCCAUAUUGUACCCAAAUUGCUAGAGAAUUAAUUGAAAAGGGUGGUAACGUACGUGAAGUGUUCAUUGCCGCUUCGCUUUGUGAAGGCUUGGUUCAUCCAAUGGAUUCAGGAAUUGGCGGUGGUUUUCAAGCUGUUUAUUAUAAUUUUGAAAAUAAUCACCCAAACUCUAUUUUCAUUGAUUCCCGUGAAAAGUCACCAGGUUCGAGUAAAUUUACCAAAUCAUCAACCAAAAUUGGUGGGAAUAGUAUAGCAAUACCAAGUGUUUUAGCCGGUUAUGAAGCAGUUUAUAAUAUUGACAAACAUAAUAAUCUUUUACAAUGGCCAGAAAUUAUUCAACCAGUUUUAAAUUUAUGUCAAAAUGGUUAUUAUAUGUCGAAACCUACGAAAGCGAUGAUAGAACUUAUUGUAAGAAGUAAUAACCGUACACAAGUUCAGAUAAAUAAAUUAACAAUUCCUAAGUAUUGUGAUACGUUAACUCAAAUAAAGUCAGAUGGGCCAUCAUCAUCGAUGUAUCGUGCAAACGGACAUUUACAUAAAUUACUCCUUCAAGAUUUACGUAGUGUAAAAUCAACUAUCACCUCAAGAGAUAUAGAAAAUUAUAAAGUAGGAAUUAUUCAACCAGCCGUUACACGGUUCGAAAAAUAUACAGUAUACUCAACAAAGGCCCCAGGUAGUGGACAAGCUAUAUUGUUUGCAUUGAAAAUAAUCGAGCGUUUGCGUAAAGUGAUUCCAUCAAAAGCUACUGUCGAUGAGAAAAUCGUUUAUUUAUUAAAAAUUUUAAAAUACACUUACACGUUAAAACCGCAUUUACGAGAAAUAUCCGAGAAUGAAAUUAAUAAAAUCAUUAAUGGAGCUUCUCAAUCUUUAGCAGAAGGUAUAGUGCAGGCUGGUUUUAAAUUACAGAAUACAAUACCUACAAAAUUUGGUGAUGUAACAUUACCAAAAUUACAAACAUCUCCAUCUAGGGGUACAACAAAUAUUGUCAUAAAAAUUGGUAAAAGUGCAAUAACUGCAUCAAGUUCUAUAGGUAGUCUAUUUGGUUCUGGAAUAUUUUCGGAAACUAUGGGAUUUUGUUAUAAUAGUCAUUUAAGAGAUUUUAGUAAUCCAAAUUGGCGACGUAAUGGUAAACCAUUAAAAAAUAUUGCUGGUCCAAAUAAAGUGACAAGCUCAACAAUUUCACCAGUGAUUAUGGUAGAUGAUUCAACGGGAGAACCUGUGUUUCAAAUUGGUUCUGCAGGAGGUUCACAUAUUUUAAGUGCAAUAGUUAAUACAUGUUUUAAUUAUUUUAUUUUAAAUCGUUCGUUAAAAGACUCGGUGGCUGCAUGCCGAAUUAUGCCAAAACUGAAUUAUUCACGUAAUGAAGUCAUUUAUUCAUACGAAUGUAUUGAUAAUGAACGCAGUUUUUUCAACAAUAAUACUGCAAAACGUCUACGUAGUAUUGGCGUUGUUUUUAAAUAUGGUAAAACAGCAGGAUAUGCAGCGGUUACAUCAUUAUCAAAAUUACGUGAUGGUUAUCCAGAAGCUGUGUUUGAUAACCGGCGUGGUGGUUCAAGUUUUAUUGAAUAAUGCUAUGAUGAUGAAAUACCGUAUCAUUUAAAAGAU